CGCCAUGCGUUCUUCUUUCCAGCAUUCUUCCAACGAGCUAAAACGAGAGCCCAGGGUUUAAGGAUUGGGGUUCUUGAGAGCUCAGGGUUUAAGAAUUAGGGUUCUUAUGGCGAUCGUGGGGGAAAAGGGGGCGAUGCGGCAGUGGUCGAGGUCCCAGCGCCAAUGCGGGAGGCGGAUCGCGCUGGUGCCGACGAUGGGAUUCCUACACGAAGGUCAUCUGUCGCUGGUGUCCGAGGCGAAGCAGCGAGCGGAGAAAGUGGUGGUGUCGAUUUAUGUGAAUCCCGGGCAAUUCGCUCCCGGGGAAGAUCUGGAUGUUUAUCCCCGCGAUUUCGAUGGCGAUGUCGAAAAGCUCAAGCCACUUGGCGUGGACAUCAUUUUCAAUCCACGCGACUUGUAUGUCCGAGACUCACCCGAGAAGAAUGGCGCCGGCCACGAGACUUGGAUCCGGGUGGAAAACUUGGAAAAGCCUCUUUGCGGUGGAAGCCGUCCAUUGUUCUUCAGGGGUGUUGCUACCGUGGUGUCAAAGCUUCUCAACAUUGUGGAGCCGGACGUGGUCGUGUUUGGCAAGAAGGAUUACCAGCAAUGGCGAGUCUUGUCUCGCAUGGUGAGGGAUUUAGACUUUGGAGUGGAGGUGGUCGGCUGCAAGCUCGUAAGAGAAGCCGAUGGCCUUGCAAUGAGCUCCCGGAAUGUGAGACUCACUGCCACCGAAAGAAAAAAUGCUUUGGCGAUCUUUCAUUCGCUCAAGAGGGCUGAGGAGCUCGUGAGAUCCGGCGAGACGGAUUCCAGUGUUCUCAUAGAACAGGCAGUGAGUGCCAUCAGCCAUGCCGGUGGAAGAGUGGAUUAUGCAAGCAUUGUCGACCAAGAAACACUGCAGAGUGUCGAUAAAGUGGCGAGCCCAUCAGUGUUUGCAAUUGCUGCGUGGUUUGGUAGUGUUCGUCUCUUAGACAAUGUUGAGCUUCCUAAUAGCUAAGCUAUUAUGUUCUUCAUCUUGAUUGCCAGGAAGAACAUCUUUAGAAGUUGUCCACAUUGCGGACCUAUUUUUCAGAAUCCAAAGUCAAAUAACGGGGCCUCGGAAGUUUCUAAA